CUGUUGCGUAGUGUCCUCACCAGUACCCCAGCUCCUGCCCUCGCCCUCCUAGAGUCUGUCCCGCUCACGGCAGCCCAAGGGAACUUUUGAGUCCAUGCCCCUCUCCACUCCCAGAUAUGCCCAAGUCACUGAGGUAAAAGAAUGCCACCAGGAGAGUCAGAGACCAGCCCCAGCAGAAUCAGCAAAGGUUGUGUGGCCCGUGCAGGGUACAGGGAGGACCAGAUGGCUGAGGCUUGGAGACAAGCCUCAAGUGGUGGGGGAGAAGAGCUGAGACCCGCUCUGGCUGAGGCCGUGCAAACCACCCUGAAUUCCCGACUGCCCUCAUGGAGGACACAUCCCACUAGGGCUGGACCCGCAUGCGCAGGCAAGCCAUGUGCUGGACCCGUGCACGUCUCCACGUGGGGCAUGCAUGGAGAAACACGCAUCCCUGUAUUCCUGACACCAAUGUGUGUGUGUGCAGGACUCGAGCUGGGGGUCCAGCUGUGGGGCCCUUUGGGACAUGCCCCAGCCAAUGCCUGCUCUGAUCAGAGGGGGUAUCCAAGUGGUUGAGUAUUUCUCACCCCUCCCCCAGCACAUGUGUAACUCCUUCCCCUUAUGUCCCCACAGCCUGCCCUCGGACAAGGACCCAAUGCCCAACUCCAGGCCAGCCAAGCCCUCAGCCCCUUCCUUGGCGCUCGGCCCAUCCCCAGGAACUUCGCCCAGCUGGAGAGCUGCACCAAAGGCCUCGGACCUGCUGGGGGCCAAGGGCCCAGGGGCAGCCUUCCAGGGUCGGGACCUCCGAGGUGGGGCCCAUGCCUCCUCCUCCUUGAACCCCGUGCCACCAUCGCAGCUGCAGCUGCCCACAGUGCCUCUAGUCAUGGUGGCACCCUCCGGAGCACGGCUGGGUCCCUCACCCCACUUGCAGGCACUCCUCCAGGACAGGCCACACUUCAUGCACCAGCUCUCAACGGUGGACACCCAUGCCCGGACCCCAGUGCUGCAGGUGCGCCCACUGGACAGCCCAGCUAUGAUCAGCCUUCCACCACCCACUGCUGCCACCGGGGUCUUCUCCCUCAAGGCCCGGCCCGGCCUGCCACCUGGGAUCAACGUGGCCAGUGUGGAAUGGGUGUCCAGGGAACCAGCACUGCUCUGCACCUUCCCAAGCCCCAGUGCACCCAGGAAAGACAGCACCCUUUCGACCAUGCCCCAGGGCUCUUACUCACUGCUGGCAAAUGGCGUCUGCAAGUGGCCUGGAUGCGAGAAGGUCUUCGAGGAGCCAGAGGACUUCCUCAAGCACUGCCAGGCGGACCAUCUCCUGGAUGAGAAGGGCAGGGCGCAGUGUCUCCUCCAGAGGGAGGUGGUGCAGUCUCUGGAGCAGCAGCUGGUGCUGGAGAAGGAGAAGCUGGGCGCUAUGCAGGCCCACCUGGCUGGGAAGAUGGCCCUGACCAAGGCUCCGUCUGCGGCAUCAUCUGACAAGGGCUCCUGCCGCCUCGCAGCCACUGGCACUCCGGGCACCGCCGUCCCAGCCUGGCCCAGCCCCCAGGAGGCCCCAGAUGGCCUGUUUGCUGUGCGGAGGCACCUCUGGGGCAGCCACGGAAACAGCACAUUCCCGGAGUUCUUCCACAACAUGGACUACUUCAAGUUCCACAACAUGCGGCCCCCUUUCACCUAUGCCACUCUCAUCCGCUGGGCCAUCCUGGAGGCUCCUGAGAAGCAGCGGACACUCAACGAGAUCUAUCACUGGUUCACACGCAUGUUCGCCUUCUUCAGAAACCACCCUGCCACCUGGAAGAAUGCCAUCCGCCACAACCUGAGCCUGCACAAGUGCUUCGUGCGGGUGGAGAGUGAGAAGGGGGCUGUGUGGACCGUGGAUGAGUUCGAGUUCCGCAAGAAGAGGAGCCAGAGGCCCAGCAGGUGUUCCAACCCCACACCUGGCCCCUGACCUCGAAACCAAGGAAAGAAGGAAGGAAGGACAGGGGCCAAAUUGGGGGAUGGAAGUGGCAGGGGGCAGGGGUGAUAGGCCCUGGACCUGCCCGCAGGGACCAAGAAGUGAGGUGCACACUGUCUUGCCUGCCGGGGACCCCGCUCCCCAGCUGACCACCCUCCUGGAUCAUAUGCUCUGCACCAAGGCUGCUCAGAGGGGCCCCAGCCCUACACCCCUGGCCCAGCCUCCUGCGAUGGGCUCUCCAGCCAAAAUGAGCUUUCACAACCAACCACACACACAGCCUGCCUCAGUCACUCUCACAGAUGACCUUGGGGCUGGAAAAGACACACAGAUGGUCACAAUCCUGUCGCUUGGACUCAAUACAAACCCCAAAACACAAAGAGCCUGCCUUGGUACACUCAGAUGACCUCAAAUCUGCAUAAUCACACAGACAAUCACGCCUGAACACAGUCUUGUCAACCCCCAUACCCCAAAGCACACACUCCCAGCCAGCCUCUGGGCCCACAGGUGCAGUGUCACACAGGCCAUGCCCAGACACCCGUGCAGAAGCAGCCUCAGUACCUACAGGAUCUCAGGUCCCAGAAAGCCAUGCAGACACAUACCAGUCACGCACGGUCUCAAGCAGCUCCUAACACAUAUGCUCAGUCACACGGCCCUUGAGAACUCACCUGUGCAUCUUGCACACACGCACACCCACACAGCGCCCCAGCGGGUCUCCUGAGUCCCACACGGACAUGCAUGGCCACACACACUGACUCACCAAAAUGUACCGAGGCUCAAACGCCACCCACCCCCCACCCCUGCCCUGUGUCCCUAGCCAUGGCUCAGCUUAGACUGC